GUUUAAUAACAUGUGAAUUACGUUUGUCCUCUCACGUUUUCUUGUUACUGUUUUGUUUAAUUUAUUUAAAAAUGUCUAAUGUUAGUGAUACUGCAAUAAAUAAUAUAGGAAAAGUGCUUAAUGAUCCCACGAGGCCCAUGAAGGAGCGUUUUAGAGCACUUUUUACCCUUAGAAAUUUGGGUGGCGAGGCUUCUAUACAAUGUAUUAGUCAGUGUUUUACUGAUGAAUCUGUGUUGUUAAAACACGAAUUAGCAUACUGUUUAGGACAAAUGCAAGACAAAAUAGCUAUUCCUAUACUACGGGAUGUAUUGGAAGACAAAAACCAGGAUCCAAUAGUUCGUCACGAAGCCGGUGAAGCACUAGGAGCUAUAGGGGAUCCCAAUCUACGAGAAUUACUUGAGAAAUACAUAACUGACCCAGCAAUAGAAGUAGCUGAAACAUGCCAAAUAGCUCUAGAGAGACUUAAUUGGGUUGCUAAUGACUCCAGCAAGGAAAGUCUAUCUAAAAGUCCAUAUUGUUCAGUGGAUCCAGCACCACCAAGCAGUGACAAUGAUGUACAGAGAUUAACCAAAAUUCUAAUGGAUGAAAAUAAACCUUUGUAUGAAAGAUAUAGGGCUAUGUUUAGUUUGAGGAAUAUGGCGACUACUGACAGUAUCAAUGCAUUAGGCGAAGGUUUCAAAGCCAGUAGUGCACUAUUUCGUCAUGAGGUGGCAUUUGUUUUUGGACAAAUGCAGGAUGAAAGGAGCAUACCCUACCUGAAGAAGACAUUAGAAGAUACAUCUGAACAUGAGAUGGUGCGGCAUGAGGCUGCAGAAGCCUUGGGCUCCAUCGCUACUGAAGAAUGCACAGAAGUGCUAAAAAGGUAUUUGAACGACCCACGUCCCGUGGUACGCGAGAGUUGUGAGGUAGCUCUCGAUAUGUCCGAGUAUGAAAACAGUCCAGAGUUCCAGUAUGCCAACACACUGGUCACUGUCAAGGGAUAGUAGUGGUCACGUCUCAGUUUUUAGUAUGCAUUUUAUUACUAGUGUUGCCUGACUUCGCACGUACAUUUUUAAACGCCAUCUAUCAGUUUAUUAAUAAACGAACUCAUGACGGCCUUGGUGGUCCAGCGGUUUAACAUACCACUCUACUUCCGAUGGUCGCGGGUUUGAUUCCUCGCACGCUGCAAAGAUUUGUAUUCAUGAGGAUGAUUGUUUGUACCGUUCUGGAUGUUUUCUAUGUAUAUUAUACAUGUAUUUAAAAAAAAUGUAUAAGUAUUUAUAUCAGUUCUCUAGUACCCAUAAUACAAGUUUUUCUCGCUUGGGACUAGAUGACAUUGAGUGAAUAGGCAUGAUGACUGAUUUAAAAAAAACUCUCCACGACGUUCCUACAAUCUAUCUUUAUAUAAAAUAAGUCAU